AUGGCUGCACCAAACGCCACCACCCCACCGGCGGUGGAAUCUACCUCGGCUUCCGCGUCAUUAUCCUCCGACGAGGUGGCCGCCAAGGCGGUGCACAAGAGAUAUGAAGGGUUGAUGAUGGUACGGAAUAAGGCGAUUAAAGGGAAAGGUGCGUGGUACUGGGCGCACCUGGAGCCAAUUCUCGUGCAUAAUUCUGAAACUGGUUUUCCCAAGGCGGUGAAGCUGCGGUGUUCCUUGUGCGCUGCUGCUUUCUCCGCCUCUAAUCCUUCGAGAACCGCCUCCGAGCAUCUUAAGAAGGGGACGUGCCCCAACUUUGCUUCUGUUCCUAUACCGAUUUCUUCAGCGCCUUCUGCUUCUGUUCCAGUUGUGAGUUUGGCUGAGGGUACUACUAAUACGUCGCAACCCCACAACCAUCGGAAGCGUAGUACAAAUUCAAGUGGUGAUCGCGGUGACGGCGGGAAAGGUCGUGAUGGAACCGAAUUUUCUGUUCAACAUGUCCCACCAGUGGCCAUUGUUGAUCCAUCAAGAUUCAAAGUGGAGUUAGCAUACCCACCCUUGAUUUCAAUGGCUAGUACUAGUGCUGUUCCUGUUGCUGGUGGUACAAGUGGCGGCGGCGAGCGUAUGUACGGUCGGCAACAGGAGCAGCGAUUGGUGUUAUCAGGCGGGAAAGAGGAUUUGGGAGCUUUAGCAAUGUUGGAAGAUAGUGUGAAGAGGUUAAAGAGUCCCAAAUCAUCACCUGGUCCGACAUUAACGAAAUCCCAGGUCGAUUCUGCACUUGAUUUUCUUGCAGAUUGGAUUUAUGAAUGUUGUGGUUCUGUUUCAUUUUCAUCUCUUGAGCAUCCCAAAUUCAAGGCAUUUCUCAAUCAGGUCGGAUUGCCUUCAAUAUCAAGAAAAGACUUUAUGGGUUCUAGGUUAGAUGCCAAAUACAACAAGGCCAAGGCCGAGUCCGAGGCUAAAAUUCACGACGCGAUGUUCUUUCAGAUCGCUUCUGAUGGUUGGAAGUCGACGGAAUAUGGUCGAGAUGGAGAAGAAAGUUUUGUGAACGUUGCUGUGAAUCUUCCAAAUGGGACUAGUGUUUUUAGGAGGGCAGUUUCCGCUAGUAAUUAUGUGCAGUCUAAAUAUGCAGAAGAAGUUUUAUGGGAAACUAUAACUGAAAUUUGUGGGAAUUCAGUGCAUCAAUGUGUGGGUAUAGUUUCAGACAAGUUCAAGGCUAAGGCAAUGAGGAAUUUAGAAAAUCAGCACCAUUGGAUGGUUAAUCUUUGUUGUCAAUAUCAAGGUUUUAAUAGUCUGAUUAAGGAUUUCAGCAAGGAGCUUCCAUUAUUCAAGAAUGUGACUGAAAAUUGUUUAAAACUAGCUAAUUUUGUUAACAACAAGUCUCAAAUCCGACUGAGUUUUCGUAAGUAUCAGUUGCAGGAAUAUGGACAUGCUGGUUUGCUGAGAAUGCCUUUGCGUGGUUAUGAAAGGUCAGAUUUUGGGCCAGUUUACGCAAUGGUAGAGGACAUAUUAGGCUCAGCUCGGGCUCUUCAGUUAGUAUUGUUAGAUGAAUCUUACAAGAUGGUGUUAGUGGAGGAGCCAAUCGCUAGAGAUAUCGAAGAAAUGAUGAGGAAUCCACAUUUUUGGAACGAGUUAGAAGCAGUUCAUUCUCUAGUUAAAUUGGUCAAGACAAUGGCACGGGAAAUCUUGAUGGAGAAACCGAGGGUCGGGCAAUGCUUGACCCUUUGGGAGGAGCUUAGAUUGAAGGUAAAGGACUGGUGUUCAAAAUUUCACAUUGUUGGAGGACCUGUGGAGAAGGUGAUUGACCGGAGGUUUAGAAGGAAUUAUCACCCGGCUUGGGCUGCUGCUUUUAUACUCGAUCCACUUUAUUUGUUUCGGGACACGAGUGGGAAGUACUUACCCCCAUUCAAAUUUUUGACACCCGAACAAGAGAAGGACGUGGACAAGCUAAUAACUCGACUUGUAUCUAGGGAUGAGGCUCACAUUGCUCUUAUGGAGCUUAUGAAAUGGAGAACUGAGGGGCUCGAUCCGGUUUAUGCUCAAGCUGUACAAUUGAAACAAAGGGAUUCAACUACGGGGAAGAUGAAGAUUGCCAAUCCCCAAAGCAGUAGGCUUGUAUGGGAAACUCACCUAACUGAGUUCAAGUCAUUAGGAAAGGCGGGAAUUGAUAGGGCUCAGAAGUUAAUGUUCAUUGCUGCUCAUUCAAAGAUGGAAACACCGGGUUCUUCCAAGGACGAAGAUAAGGAUACUGAACUCUUUGCCUUGGAAAACGAAGCAUUUGAUGGGAAAGUUUUUAGGCAGCCUGGAGCUCCAUAA